AUUUUAGUUAGUACAAUGUAGAGGAGCUACAGAAAUGAGAAUGGCCUCCCCACCACCUGAUCAUGUGAUCCCCGCUACAGAACCUGCUAGUAAACCUUGUGGAGCUAAACUUAUCCUACAGGAGAUCAUCAGGAAACACUUUGAGGGUUUUACGGCAUGUCCUCUAACCUCUGCUCACCGGUUCAACACUCUGAUGGUACUAGGGAAGUAUGCUAGAGUCUGGCACCGACCUUACCUCAACCGAGCAAACAACCUUGCCUCUGUUCUAGGAAAUUUAUCGGACCACAUAUUAUACGCACAGGACUCUUUGGUGAUCAACAAGUCAUCCCCUACCAGGCUAUUCAUCAGGUUCCACGACGAGUGGACGGACCUGAAGUUUGUUGAGGAUAUACCAGUAAUAGAUCACUACGACUACAAGACUAGCAAAGUGUAUCACGCUGCUGUUGAUUUGGGGGAUGUUGUCGUCAAAAGCAUCAACAUCGACCAUCUUAGGGAUUUGCUGCACACAGCCAGGUUUAACGUAGACCAGCUGGUUCCGGGACAGGUUUACCAUUUGAUCUACUCUGUAGUCAUCUCAUCUCGGUUAAAGUUUCUAGGGGAUCUUCAGACAGCGUACAUGACUGAGAUACCAGACGACGUUUUUGUAACGCAGUACACACAGUUCAACUCACUGAGAGACGUUGUGUGCAGAGGAAUUGGGGCAGUUCAAACUAAUUGUCCGAUAGCUUUCAAGACCUGCGACUUCGUUCUCGACAGUCAGGGAAGAAUGACGCUGCUGGAGAACUGGGAACUAUCCCAAUCUGCUGAGAACUUAGUUAGCUCCGACCUUAUCAGUAGUUUAGAUGCAACUAGAAUCAUUCACACUGAUUCUGUAAUCGGUUCCUCGUUCAUCACGAGGUGUCUUCACGGUCUCUACCCAGUGUUAAAGACGUCUCUCAGAGACAAGUCAGCCAUACCACGUGCUAUGAGACUGCUAAAAAUGAUCUCUGGAGUGUCGGGAAAAGUAACAUUUCCUCGUCCUAAGUUUGUCUGCAGGACGUACGAAAUAACCAUGCUUACCAACUGUGGCUAUAGUGUGCGGUCGUGUAAUGAUCUGAAUAACGUGGCAGUUCAGCCUGUAGAUCCGGACUGCGCGGAAACAAGUAGAUUAUUCGCUAGAGUCCUGUGCUGGGCCUCCUGGCUACCACUAGAUAUCUUCAACAAUCUUCUUAAGGAACUCUCCUACGAGAUUCCACAACCAGCAAAAGAGAAGAGUAAACAGAAAAAGAAGGUUCGAGUUUCCACCUCACUUCAGAUGUCCGAGGUGUGACAGUGAAAGUGAAAGUGAAAGUGAAAGUGAAAGUGAUAGAUCGGAUAACUGCAACAUUGACUCUACACUAAGUCAGAUUUUAUAGACAAAGCCCCGUGUACAUUAAUUGUAGAAAAUGUGAGGAAUAAAGUGUCGGAACAUUGUCAAUAUUUCUCGGACAGUUUCAUGGAGCACUGUUUGAUGUUCCCGGUGCAGAUGAAACAAAUGUGCGGAAUAUGAGGACUGAGGAGGGACACAUUAUGAUGAACUAACCAGCAUGCAGCAUGUACGAGUCAGUACACAGUAUGUACUAUCUACCAUCCUGUGGUACUUUUCAUCGUUUUAGGCAGCUUUUAAGAAAUAACCUGCAAGCUGUUACUCUUACACUAACUUAUUACAUAUUAUAAUGAAUAUAUUUCAUAUAUUUAGUUAGUCAACUUUAUUACAUUAUACAAUUUUAUUUAGUAUGAUCCACUCAUUCUCUGUUCAAUCGUGUACAGAUAAACUUUUAAAAUCCAAAAACAAGCACUUUUGAACGAUUUUUGUUCAAAAACGUUUUUCACAAGUUUUAACCGUGAAAACGCAUUCCAAUUGUGGCAGAAGUCGACUCUACGGCAAGAAGGAACAGGAUUCUAUAUAUUCAUUUUAUGAAAUUUCAAUUAGUUUUCAACUUUUGACU